CAACAAAAUGAAUCAUAAUUUUUUUUUUUUAAUAAAAGUUUUUGUAUUAUUAAUUCCAAUAAAUAGAAGACAAAACAGUUGUUUUGUUAUUGGAUUAUUUGAGAUCCAUUUUCUUCACUAAAGUUUAGACCUUUUUGUGUUUUCAUUUAUUAUCUCCUAACCCCAUUUCAUUCUUUCAUCAUUUCCACGGAAACUGUGUAAUUGAUGAGACAUCUAUUAUUGAAUGAGGAAAACUCUGUGAGGUCGGAACUCUAAUUGUUUCAUGGGCAACACAUGCCGUGGAUCUUUCACAGGAAAACUCUAUCAGGGCUACAAUCAGCCCGAAGACCAUUCCAAGCGCAACACUAACUCUGAUCGUUCCAGUUCUGAUUAUUCACCUUCUAGUUUGAAAUCUCAGCAACUUGUUUCUCACGAAUUUGCCAAAGAAAACCCUAAAAAAGAUAACUCUGUACCUCUCAUUAGUCCCACCAAGAAAGAUAACAUCAUGAGGCGUGGCAUUGAUAACCAGACUUAUUAUGUAUUAGGCCAUAGGACUGCUAACAUUCGCGAUCUUUACACGUUGGGUCGAAAGUUGGGGCAAGGUCAAUUUGGGACUACUUAUUUAUGUACUGAGAUUUCCACGGGUAUUGAGUACGCUUGCAAGUCAAUAUCUAAGAGGAAGUUGAUUUCCAAGGAGGAUGUGGAUGAUGUUAGGAGGGAGAUUCAGAUAAUGCACCAUUUGGCAGGUCACAAGAAUAUUGUGACCAUAAAGGGUGCUUAUGAGGAUUCGCUAUAUGUGCAUAUCGUGAUGGAGCUUUGCGGUGGAGGUGAGUUAUUUGAUAGGAUCAUUCAGAGAGGACAUUACAGUGAGAGGAGGGCGGCUGAGUUGACAAAGAUCAUUGUUGGGGUUGUUGAGGCUUGUCAUUCACUGGGGGUUAUGCAUAGAGAUCUAAAGCCUGAGAACUUUUUGUUGGUUAACAAGGAUGAUGAUUUUUCUCUCAAAGCUAUUGAUUUUGGACUCUCAGUUUUCUUCAAACCGGGUCAAAUAUUCACCGAUGUGGUUGGAAGCCCAUAUUAUGUUGCUCCUGAGGUACUCCUCAAGCAUUAUGGGCCAGAAGCAGAUGUGUGGACAGCCGGUGUCAUACUGUAUAUAUUGUUAAGUGGAGUGCCACCAUUUUGGGCAGAAACACAACAGGGAAUAUUUGAUGCGGUGUUGAAGGGACAUAUUGAUUUUGAGUCAGACCCUUGGCCUGUAAUAUCAAACAGUGCAAAAGAACUAAUCCGGAGGAUGUUAUGUUCUCAACCUUCAGAACGCUUGACUGCUCAUGAAGUGUUAUGUCAUCCUUGGAUAUGUGAAAAUGGAGUUGCUCCUGAUAGGGCACUAGAUCCAGCUGUACUUUCACGUCUCAAACAGUUCUCUGCUAUGAAUAAACUGAAGAAGAUGGCUUUACGGGUUAUAGCUGAAAGCCUUUCCGAAGAGGAGAUUGCUGGUUUGAGGGAAAUGUUUCAGACAAUGGAUACUGAUAACAGUGGUGCAAUUACAUUUGAUGAACUUAAGGCUGGUUUGCGAAGAUAUGGCUCUACCUUGAAGGAUACAGAGAUACGUGAUCUUAUGGAUGCGGCUGAUGUUGACAACAGUGGAACCAUUGAUUAUGGGGAAUUUAUAGCAGCAACAGUUCACCUCAACAAAUUGGAACGAGAGGAACAUCUUGUGGCAGCCUUCCGGUACUUUGACAAAGAUGCAAGUGGUUAUAUCACGGUUGAUGAGCUUCAGCAAGCUUGUGCUGAACAUAACAUGACAGAUGUUCUCCUUGAAGAUAUAAUCAGAGAAGUUGAUCAAGAUAAUGAUGGAAGAAUUGAUUAUGGUGAAUUUGUUGCCAUGAUGCAAAAAGGCGAUGCUGGAAUAGGCAGACGAACCAUGCGAAACAGUCUAAACAUGAGCAUGAGAGAUGCGCCUGGUGCUCAUUAGCUUUCAGUUAUAGACCUCAUGUACAGGUUGUACAGCAAGCAUGAAGAGGAUGAUUUAUUACCAUGCUUUGAGAAAAUGUUUUUGGUUCCUUGUUAGCUCCAAGACCUUAUUUAUGCCAAAGAUGAACAAUAGAUAGGAGAUGUUCUGUGCAUGAGUUGUUAUUGAGAUGUGUUUAUGUUCUUGUAUGACUUAAACAAAACGUUAGUUUUGCAAACUUCCCAGAAUAUGAAGUGGUAAAGCUAUUCAAGACAGGUUUGCUGUGUUUUACAUUUAUCUGAUGCCUAAUGUGAAUUGUUGCAGAAAAUGGAUUUAUGUGCAAAGUCUUGAGCACAUGGAAAGGCUUAAUUUGUAUGAACUGUGAAAACUUUACAAAUUAUGAUCAUUGUUCAUGAAUCA